UCACCCUUUCUUUAAUUUCAAAAUUCUCCUCUUUGCCUUGUCUAUAAAGUCUUAUAUAACCCUUCACCAUUCAUUGACAACAAAUAGCUCCACACACAUAUUAUAUAUUUUGGUAAUAAACUUUCUCGUCUGUGUUUACAUUUCAAUUCAAAACCAAAGAAACAAAAACACCAUGCCUCCAAUUAGCUCCAAAGACUUGCACAGGAUCUUCAAGAAGCUAGACAAGAAUUGUGAUGGCCUCAUUUGCCUUCAAGAGCUCAACUGGCUCUUGGAUAGCAUUGGCAUCCAAUUAACCAUGGAGGAGUUGGAAUCAUUUCUAGAGAGACCAAGCCUUGACUUCGACGAGUUCUUGUUCUUUUACGAGUCAAUAUCCAAGCAAAACAAAGGUGAGUGCAAAGGGGGUGUGGCAGGGUGUGUGCAAGAUAAUGAUAAUGAUCAGGGUCAGGAUGAUAUGGAGAUUGUAUAUUUGGCUUUUAAAGUGUUUGACAUGAAUGGUGAUGGCUUCAUUUCCUGCGACGAGCUCGAAAACGUGUUGGUGAAGCUCGAGCUUUGGGAUGCAAGUAGAAGCGAUGUAGAUUAUUGUAGAAGCAUGAUCCGAGCUUAUGACACCAAUUUGGAUGGAAAGCUGGAUUUUGAGGAGUUUAAGAACAUGAUGUUGCUCACAACAUAGUUCUUCUUUUAGAGUUUCAGAAAAGACUAGAAAAAAAUAUCCCCUUUGUUAUAUUGUUGUUAGAUAGAGAUGGAGUUUGGUCCGUUUAUUUACAUGUACAAUUUGAGAAGCUGGGAAGCUUCAAGAAUAAAAAUUUUGGUCAUGGAGUUCAUGUAAUUAUAUUUUUGGUGCUCCAAUAAAAUAAUGCAUUUCCACUCUCCUUUAAUUUA